UCCCAAGCUCCUCCCUCCAUCGCCUCCCUGACAGUUAGGCUCACCGUUCCUGACGAGCGGCGAAAAACUGUCUCACAUCUCUUGACCCCGAACUCUCUCCUACAAUUUGCAUGAUGGUCGAAUCCGGACCCUCGACGUCCGCGGCCUCGACGUCCAAAGCAGACCAGGACGCCCUGCGCGCGGCGACCUUCCAGCGACUCCAUCCAAAAGUCUAUCUUGAGCGGUUCCUCGCGGAGAACGUGCGCCCGGAUGGCAGAGAGCUCGGCGGCUGGCGAGAGGUCUCGGUGAACGUAGGGUCGAUAUCCACCGCAGAUGGCUCUGCAUUAGUGAGAUUGGGGAAGACAACCGUUGUAUGCGGAGUCAAAGCCGAGAUUGCGGAGCCUGAGCUGGAUAGCCCAGAGGAUGGCUUUCUAGUUCCCAACCUAGACCUUCCUGCGAUAUGCCAUCCGAGGUUCAAGCCGGGCCCGCCCACGGAGGAGGCCCAGGUGCUCUCUGACAGACUAAACGAAGUGCUCGUUACGUCUGGUGUCAUCCCAACGAAGUCGUUGUGCAUCGAAGCAGGGAAAGCAGUGUGGGUCUUGUACGUCGACGCGACAUGCAUCAAUUAUGACGGGAAUGCAUUCGACGCUACGUUACUCGCCAUGGUGGCGGCUCUCAAAAACACCCGGCUACCGAAAACCAGCUUCGACGCAGAGACGGGCCGCACCAUCUGUUCAAGAAAAUCAAAAUCCCCUGUGCAUGUCAGCCGCUUACCGGCCUCGAUGUCCUUUGGGAUUUUCGAUAAUACACACGUACUCGCAGACCCCACAUCUUUGAGGAGCCCUUGCUCGACACCACAUUGUCCGUCGCGGUAGACGAGAACGGUGGCCUUGUAUCUGUGACCCAGCUCGGCCUAGGAAUUGUCGGAAACCAAGACGCGCUAGUGCAUUGCAUCAGUGCUGCUCGAACGCGUUGCUCUGAAGUCAUGGGACUGCUGGUCAAUAUAUCUUAGCCCAGGCUCAAACUGGAAGCAACCUCA